AGUUGAUGAUACCACUCGGCCCUGCCCACCAUUGUACAUAUUUCAGUCCGAUGGCCAGCCCUAACUUUCGACUGUAGCAUCUAUGCACCCACUAGGAGGGAUGCGUGAAGAAUACUAGCUACUGCAGGCGCAUUGGUGCACCAGAAAAAAAGAAAAGAAAAAGAAAAAAGAAAACUCGUCGACAGUUUCUACCUCAGGUCCUUUUCGAACAACACUACUGUGGAAUACCAGCAAAUUUCUAUCCACGGCGCAAAGACAGUUUCUUGCUAUGGGUGUUUACUGCUAACGUUCCGUCUCCAUCCCUUCUUAACCGUCUGGAGACCUCCAUUACUGGUGCAAAGACACUUGUAUGUUGAGCCCUUCUUCAACGGGUCCUCCCAGAAUCCUUCUGUAGCUCCUGUUUGUGAUUGAGACUCCCCAGGGGAAGAUGGGUGAUGCGUACAGGGAGAGAACUUCACUGGCUAAGGGUGCAAAAGACAUCGCCAAGGAGGCCAAGCGGCACGCGGCGAAGAAGGUGAGCAAGGUGGUGGACCGCGCCUCGGACGAGUACACCCAGCGGUCCUACAGCCGCUUCCAGGACGAGGAGGACGAGGACGACGACAACUACUACAGGCAAGAUGGCGACCACGCGGACGGCGCCAACGAGGAGGAGGGCUCCAGCGACGCCACGGAGGGCCACGACGACGAGGACGAGAUCUACGAGGGGGAGUACCAGGGCAUCCCGGCGGGGGGGCAGGCCAAGGAGAACCAGGUGGCCGUGGGGAAGCCGGUGUCGGACGGCCUGAAGGACAGGCAGGAGCUGGAGAUGGAGAGGCAGGCGGACGAGGAGGAGCUGGCGCAGCAGUACGAGCUGAUCAUCCAGGAGUGCGGGCACGGCCGCUUCCAGUGGCAGCUCUUCUUCGUCCUGGGCCUGGCGCUCAUGUCCGACGGCGUGGAGGUCUUCGUGGUGGGCUUCGUGCUGCCCAGCGCCGAGACGGACAUGUGCAUUCCCAACUCCGGCGCUGGCUGGUUAGGCAGCAUCGUGUACCUGGGGAUGAUGGUGGGGGCGUUCUUCUGGGGGGGUCUGUCCGACAAGGUGGGCCGUCGACAAGCCCUCCUCGUCUGCAUGUCUGUCAACGGAUUCUUUGCCUUCCUCUCCUCCUUCGUGCAGGGCUACAGUGUCUUCCUUUUCUGCCGCAUGCUCUCAGGGUUUGGGAUUGGAGGAGCGGUGCCCAUCGUGUUCUCCUUCUUCUCGGAGGUGCUGGCACGGGAGAAGAGGGGAGAACACCUGAGCUGGCUGUGCAUGUUCUGGAUGAUCGGGGGCAUCUACGCCUCUGCGAUGGCCUGGGCCAUCAUCCCCCAUUACGGCUGGAGUUUCAGCAUGGGCUCGGCCUACCAGUUCCACAGCUGGAGGGUGUUUGUGGUGGUCUGCGCCCUGCCCUGCGUCUGCGCCGUCGUGACUCUCACCUUCAUGCCCGAGAGCCCCAGGUUCUUCCUCGAGGUGGGGAAGCACGAUGAGGCCUGGAUGGUGCUCAAGCGUAUCCACGACACCAACAUGCGAGCACGCGGGGAGCCAGAGAAGGUGUUCACCGUGAACAGGAUUAAAACCCCGAAGCAGAUCGAUGAGCUUGUGGAGAUGCAGUCAGAGUCUGCUAACCCCGUCUCCAAGGCCUUAUUCAGGGUGAAGACUGAGCUCCAUGGGAUCUGGUUAACGUUCUUGAGAUGUUUCAACUAUCCAGUGAGAGAUAACACCAUCAAACUUGCUAUUGUAUGGUUUUCUUUGUCUUUUGGGUACUACGGACUCUCCGUUUGGUUCCCUGAUGUCAUCAAGCACCUUCAGGAAGAUGAGUAUGCCUCCAGGGUCAAGAUGCACAACAAUGAGCGUAUCGAGGACUUCACUUUCAACUUCACCCUGGAGAACCAGAUCCACACCAACGGAGUGUUCAUCAAUGACAGAUUCAUCCACAUGAAGCUCAAGUCGGUUACCUUCAUCAACUCCACCUUCCAGGACUGCUACUUUGAAGAUGUCACGUCAGUGGGCUCCUUUUUCAGGAACUGCACGUUCAUCGAAGCCUUUUUCUACAACACUGAUAUCGAUGACUCCAAACUGAUCGACACGCAGGUGAUAAACAGCUCCUUCCACCACAACAAGACGGGGUGUCAGAUGACAUUCGACGACGACUACAGUGCCUACUGGGUGUACUUCGUCAACUUCCUGGGGACACUGGCUGUCUUGCCGGGGAACAUAGUUUCUGCAUUGCUCAUGGACAAAAUAGGGCGCCUGACAAUGUUAGGCGGGUCCAUGGUGCUGUCAGGGAUCAGCUGUUUCUUCCUGUGGUUCGGGACCAGCGAGGCCAUGAUGAUCGGCAUGCUGUGCCUGUACAAUGGCCUGAGCAUCUCUGCCUGGAACUCCCUGGACGUGGUCACCGUGGAGCUCUACCCCACGGACAGGAGGGGUACAGGGUUUGGAUUCUGUAACUCGAUGUGUAAGCUGGCGGCGGUGCUGGGCAACCUGAUUUUCGGAUCUCUAGUGGGCAUCACGAAAGCCAUCCCCAUCCUGCUAGCCUCCACGGUCCUGGUGUGUGGGGGGCUGGUGGGGUUGCGGCUACCGGACACCAGGUCCAACGUCCUCAUGUAACCCCUCCGGGUACACAGGGUGCAAAAGGCUCAGACUACACCUUUUUUUAAUUUUUUUUUUACGUGUGCCAAUUUGCUUUAUCAUUACGACCUCAAAGCCAUUAAGCCUAGCCAUAUGUCGAUGAGUGAAUCAGGCCAAGACAAAGUGGCAGGGUAAUUCUGAGUCAGACACUUCACUGAGUCAAGUCCCGUAAUGUGAGAUAUGAGUCAGCGGUGGUGAAAUAUCUGAUUCCAAACAGUUUUUUUUUUUACUGGAAAAACUGCUGGUAUAUCAGAUUAUUAAUAUAAUAAUCCACCCAUCAGAGAUGACCAGCUGGAGGGGGGAGAUAAAAAUGCAGGCUAACAGGGGAGCUUGCCUUAAGAGCAGAAUGACACAUCUCAUGCUUCAGUCUGACAGCAGUGUGAUUUAUGUCUGAUUAAAUAUGAUUACCAGCUCUGUGUUACUGGAUUUACUGCUAUAGACAGAAUGAUAAUAAUCCCCAUUACCGUUCUAGUUGCACAGUGACAAUGAUUGCAUUAUGGAAUUAUGUUGUUUUUUUGUUUUUUCAAUUAAUUUUAACUGUUAGAGUAAGCAAGUAAUUUAUUUGUUGCAGAGUGCUUUUUUGUUUAGCCUUUUUAGAUAUUGCCACAGCAUUUAAUGGCAUUUGUUCAAUAGUGUUUAAAGUGUGGAUUUCUGAGCCUUCUGCACCCAUUUCAGUUCUGAGAAUAUAAAGGCCAUAGAAAAAUAUGAAUAGUAAUAAUUAUUGUUGUGCAAGUGACUUUAUUGGCAAUCACAUUUCUAAAUGAAAAAAAAGCUAUCAGUUUACAUUUUCUGCUUUUCAACCAAAAGUUAGCAGAAAUCUGAAUACACGUUAAAAGUAGUGUAUUAUAAUUAUCUUUAAGGCUAAUGUAAUAUAUCCAAGUUCAACAUUAAGUGCUUUUGAUUUGAGUUGUGUUACUUUUGAUUUGCUAAUACCGUGUAAGGAAUUCACAUCAUACAAUUGCCUUUCAGAGUUGCUUGCCAUACUGCUUUUGAGUGUGCAUCCUUUAAAAAUAAUACUCAAUGGCCUUUUUGAAUGUUGUGCCUCUCCUGAUCUUCUGUCCAGCAUAUUGUUAUUGGAAGUAGCCCUCCAUGGUAGUCUGUCUUGGUGCUUUUCUUUUACUCAUUCUCAGUCCAUGCUACAUUAACGUUGGUGAUAGCUCUGGUGUGCAUGUGUGUGCAGACAGCUUGGUUUGGGACCUGAAGUGAAUGACUGCUCUCAUACAGUGUGCAGUUUUAAAUUUAGCAAGGCCUAACUGAACAGAUGGAGGUAUUUUCUGCACUAUUCCAGUGUGACAGCAUGCGAAACGUAUAAUGCAAGUUGGUUAAAUGACAGCUCUUGGUUGAAGUUUUUCCAGCAAUACUACUGUAAAAAAAAAAAAAAGUGAGUGUUGUAAGAGAUUUAGACUUUUUUGGGAAAAUAUAGGUACAUACAGAAGUAUAAACUACAGUAGCUACAUCUAGUUUUUAUUUUGGAACCGGGACUCUUCUUUUUGAAGCAGGGACUUUUUGUACGGCAAAAAUUAAGAAUUUAUUCCGUACAUUACGAAUCAUUUAAUGCACUGCUCCCAUGCCUUUUCUGCUCAUUAACUCAAUAGUGUGCAUUUUAAUCUCACAAAAUGCUUGGCAGAUAUCACAAUCCGUUUGAAUUCUCUCAGCCAGUCGGGUAUAUGUGCUGUUGCCUUCUGAUUAAAAAAGAAAUUCAUCAUAGACCCCAUUUGUAGGCUUUACCUCUCUGCCACAGUAUUACCUUUAUGGAGCUGGUCUAUACAUCACGUUAAUUGCUCCUCUAUCCACCAGGUUGUUUGUAGUUUCUUGUUUAAUAGAAUUGUAAGCCCUCUUUUUGUGAUUAAGCCUGCUAUCUAUCCAUUUGUUUUUCAACACUUUUGUAAAGGACUCAUUGUCAGACGUAUAAUAAGCAGUAAAUGUAUGUAUAAAUGUUAAUAUUUUGGACAUUUGAACCAUGUAGUUUGCUGAUUUUUAGUUGUUUGAUGAUAUGUGUGCAAAUCCUUCACAACCCUGUGUUGGUCAAAAGUAAGCUUGAUAUAGUUAGAGCUCUUGAUUUGCUAGCGAAAAAAGCCAUUCUUUUUUAGGCCUGAUUAACGUCAAUCCUAAGUACACCUCAGUGAUAAGGGAUAGAUAAAAUACAUAUCAUUAAAAGAUUAUGGCAGUACCUUUGUUUUGGUGUUUUGGGUUGUAUGCCCUAAUAUGGCCGGUCAACUGAACUGUGGCAGCAUAACUUGCCUUUCUCAUUUUAGUGGGGAAAGAAUGUUAAUUUGCGUUUGUGUGUGUGUCCGUGUGUGUGUGUGUGUAUGUGUGUCUGUGUGUGUGUGUGCGCGUGUGUAAAUACUGUAUAUAUUAUUAGAUGUUGAUUUUCAUUUUGUUCAUGUACACCUUUUGAUUUACUGCCAUGUUUCAUGGCUGGCUGCUGGGCUUGUGGCAGCAUGCGCAGCUCCAGUGUCGGCACUGUUCCCUCCGUGUUCACUACUCUCUGUGUCCAAGACAAGCGCAAGUUAACACACUCUGCUACUACACGGGAUAAAAAGCAAACUUGCAUGUAUGUACUGAAGUCUUUGGGUUUGUGUUCAGCUUUGUGUUCUCCGGUUCUUCUGACAGAAAUUUCGAAAAGAAAAAAAAUGCGAAUGUACCAUUCUUGUGAGCUCCUUAGUGUGAGGUGGUUGGUGAGGUUUGUUUUGAGUUUCCAGUCAUCGUGCAAGGGCAUGCCAAUCAUCAGAAGGCUUUGUGGGCAAUGCAGUUCUAUACUUUAUGUGAAGGUGUGCAUAAAAGAGUAUAUCUGCCAAAUAACUGUCUGACAUUUUCAAGAGAGAAAGUGAUAAGUGUGGUAUAAAAUGUAUAGAUGUGGAUGCUGCUGAGCUCCACGUGUAUUGAAUAAAGUUAUGUUCUCUA